AUGGCAGGCGGCCACAUGAAAUUCCGGACCCUCGGCCGCAACUCGUCCCACCGACAAGCCCUCCUUCGCAACCUGGUCACCUCCCUGGUCAAGCAGGAGUCGAUACAGACAACAUGGCCCAAGGCCAAGGAGGCCCAGCGCGUGGCGGAUAAGCUCAUCACACUGGCAAAGAGGAACAACGAGACGUCGAGGCGGGAAGCACAGAGCAUCCUCUAUACACCAGACGCCCUCCUCCCCAAGCUCUUCGGCGAGCUGCGAGAGCGCUACCUCAACCGGCCGGGCGGCUACACGCGCGUGCUGCGCACCGAGCCCAAGGACAAGGCGGACCAGGCGCCCAGCGCGAUCCUGGAGCUGGUGGACGGGCAGCGCGACAUGCGCUUCGCCAUGACGGCGGCGACGGUGGCGCGCGAGGUGCUGGGCCGGGACAGCGGCCACAUCACCAAGAUGAACGUCAAGAAGGUCACGGCGUUCCGACAGGACGGCGAGCGCGAGUUCCGUGCGCUUGUCGACGAGAUCAAGGAGCGAGAGGGCGAGGCCAUCCAGGAGCGCGCCGAGAAGGAACGCGCCGCCCAGGACAGCUUGUACAAAUUCCACAUCGAUAGGCCGAAGUUGAGGCGCCGGCGCAGUGGGGGCCAGCAUGAGGAAGAGAGUGAACUGGACUAG